CUUGGGCAACAAUCAACGCGGCCUCCCCUUCCUUUAUCCUAUAGCAGUUUCCAUUGACCGUCGUACCACUGGCCGCUGAGCCAGUGUGUUGCAGCACAAUGGUUUCCUCCUUCUGCUGGGGCUGCCUGACGCGGCUUCGUCCUACACCUCGAGCCGUUUUACCUCCGCCGGUAGCAGCUCCAAGAGCAGCAGCAUUUCACACAUCGACGGUGCGUUAUGCAUUGCCAACGAAGAAGAAAAACAGCUUGGAUGGUCCUCCCAAGUACCGCCAGGCCAAGUCCGCCAGAAUGAAGAAGAAGAAGCCGGUUGAAAGAGCGCGUCCGCCUCCUGUCGGAGAGCGGAAAGCGCUGCGGAAACGUAUCGUUCUCAGCAAUCCCAACGCCCUUGAAGUCGAGGGUAUGCAGGACUUCACAUCGGAGACUAUGGUCGAUGCGCGCCUCCGGGGAUCCGUUCUCGGCCUUCCUGUGCCGAUGCUCACUCAGCUGAGGGCGGUUGAGGCUUUCAAGCCUAAACAGGGCUGGUCGAUAUUUCGCCGGCCUGGUACAGUGGUGAGACGGGAGACAGUGGAAUUGGGCAGACUGAUUGACGCUAUCUCUAAUGAGGGUCAAGACAAGGGAAAGUCUGUCAAGAAGAUCAUCACUGGUGUCAGAGGGUCAGGGAAAACUGUUCACCUGCUGCAAGCCAUGGCCAUGGCAUUUACUAAGCAGUGGGUUGUGUUUACUGUCCCAGAGCCCCAGGAUCUAGUAAUUGCGCAUACUGGUUACGCCCCUCUCUCUGAUGACACUCCAAACCUAUAUGUUCAGAACGAGGCGACCGCUGCAUUGCUGUCUCGCACAGUCGCCGCCAAUGAGCAGGUUUUGAAGACCCUACAUGUCUGCCAGGAGCAUCCAGCCCUCAAGUCUUCUGUUAAAGCUGGAAUGACUCUGGAGGAGCUUGCCAAACUUGGUAUUCAGGACCCCGCCAUUGCCUGGACCGUCUUCCAAGCAUUGUGGGCUGAGCUUACUGCAACUUCCCCUGCUUCUGGAUCUGACAAGAAAUUCAAGCCUCGGCCCCCUAUUCUUGUAACUGUUGAUGGCCUGUCUCACUGGAUGAAGAACAGUGAAUACCGUUCUGCGGAAUUUGAGCCCGUCCAUGCUCACGACCUUGUGUUUGUGCGGCACUUCCUCGGGCUAUUGAAGCCCGGUACUGGAAAGCCUGCCCUUCCAAAUGGUGGUCUCUUGCUCUACUCCACCUCUGCUUCCAAUAACCCAACAAUCUACAGUUUCGAGGUUGCGCUCAAGCAAAUCGCUGCUCGCCAGGCUGGCCUGAAUGCAUCGGCACCUGAAUUCCCUCAAGCUGAUCCAUACAGCGGAGCUGACAAGCGUGUUAUUGAUGCCUUUGGCUCUUCGAAGCCCACUGUCGCCAAAGAAGGCAUGUUGGAGCUUCAGACACUCGGCGGCCUCACCCGGGACGAAGCUCGGGGCUUCAUGGAAUACUUUGCUCGCAGUGGCCUCCUGCGGGAGAAGAUCAACGACGAGUGGGUUGGCGAGAAAUGGAGCUUGGCUGGAGGUGGUGUAAUUGAUAUGUACGGGUCGAAUCCUCACUCUAACUCUUCUAACCAACAAAAUUCGGGUCCCCCAGUACCAGAAUGGCGGCUUCCAUCGACUGCGCAACAGCGGCCGUCGCGGAAGCCUACGCCUGGGCCUACUCCGCCCCCUCCACCACCGCCAUCUCAUCCUCCACUAUCGGCGUCUUCUUAUAAUCCGAGCACAUAUGGCUCUAUAUCUAGUCCGUCGCCUGGCACUGGUGCAAGUGGCUCGCCAGCCCCUGGCUCAGCCAGCAUGGAUACCAGUUCUUGGGGAGUAAAGUACAACAGGCAGCAAUAUCCUAUCUAUGCGCCUCCGCCGCUUCCUCCUCGACCCCCGAGUACUCCAGCCUAUUCGUCUAGUGCACAGUCUCCGAUCGUGAGUCCUUUGGAUAAUAAGCCCUUACCAGCCAAUCCAACAUAUGGACCCCCAACUUCUACUGCAGAAUAUCAACCACAAUGGACGACAAAUGCUCCGCAUGCAUCUCAGCCCCCUGUGGUUAGCCCUCUUUCUCCACCUCCGCCGCCUCCGGUACCUCCUGGAUAUCAAAGCUCAACACCACAGCAAGGUAAUCAAACGUGGCAGCAGUUGUCGCCUCCGCCAUAUUCAAUCCAUCCUCCUGGAGAGAUUCAUAGUUUACAGAACAGUAGCGCCCAACACCAUAUUCCACUCUCAUCUUCAAACGUCUCAUCGCCCCAACCAACAUUAUCAGGUCAAGGCCCACUGACCGCUGCAAAUCCCGUACCAGGUGGAGGUGCUCUACCUGUGGCCGCUCCCCCGGUUCCUCCCAAGACUAGCCACAAUGCUCUUCCCACAAACUCCUCUUUAUUGGGCUCUGGCGGACCGUCUGACUGGGAGCAUUUGACACCUACUCCAGGGGGCGUCGAUGAUGCGGAGGCUUUUGGGGCCAAACAGGGCAACGCCGCUCAUUCAAGUACUACAUCGGAGCCAACACCAGGAUAUCCAGCACAUAUUCCCACUGUAACUUCGAACAGCCAGAACGUAACAUCUACGCCGUCUGCGAAUGUGUCCCCUAUAAGUCAACCUGUUUAUACCCAAGAUACUACAGCAGCACAGCCUUUACCAGGCAAUCCCAGCGCAACACAUGGCAUUCAAGAUCCACCUCGCCCAAUCAGAACUGAUACUUCUGGGUCGAUGUAUAGUACUGCCUCUACUACUGAGACAUCUGAGAGCAUUGAUGGUGUCAUUGAAGCUUGGAAUCGGCCCGUUAUCACGGACACUCAACCCCCAAACUCCCAAGCUGGUCAAAGUAUCAGUUCCCGAACGGAUAGCCCAACGCCAAUGCAAAAGCUCAGCCCGCUUGAAAUCCCCAAAAUAAAGCAGGAUUUCAGUAUACCGCGAAAAGAGGUUCAAUCGGGUGCAAAUACUCCCCGCUCAAGCAAUACCCCCAACGAAACGAGUGCCAAGGUAGACGUAUUGUCUCCACAGCUCAAGCCGUUGGAUCCUUAUGAAGACUUAGACCCUUGGUCUAAGUCCUCCUUGGAGCGUUACGUUGCUAUGCUACGAAAGGAGGCGGUCGCUGAUUCUGAUAUGGAGCGUUUCAAAAUAUUCACAGCCUUUAUGUCCAAGGAGACCAAGCUACGUGAGAUCUUGUACAACAUUGAGCAUGAACCGAAAAAUGAAGAAGCUCUAAGUCAAAAACCGACACCGGCUUCGCAGGUGCCCAGCCGGCAAUCUGGUAAGAAUACACCUCCAAUCGAGUCAGGCUUAAUACCAGUUGAACCAGAGGAGAGCAGCGAGGAGUCAGCGGACGUUUCGGAAGACCUUGAAGACGGGAAUUAUAGCCCGGGCGGCCGUCCUAUCCUUCCCAGGGUUGAAACGCCUAGUGCUCUUGGUCUUCAACGGCCUGCUUCUCAGCCGCCAGGCAAAGGACAUAACUUAGGGCAUCAAAGUCAACCCCAACCAUUGAGGGCUACGUCGGUACCACCAUCUAUGCUCGACAAGCAGGAGCUGUCUCCUUUAACAACCAACCCCCCACAGCCUAUAUACACUCCGUUUCGUUACACCGAAGGCCCUCAGCGGGGCUCAGAUCACCUUGUAAUUGACCGCCCUGCAUACCAGGCCUACUCGGCCUUGCGACAAGCCUCAGCGGAGAGUGGACGGGUGAUGUCGAACGCCCCGCACCCAGGAUCUCACGAAGAUUCCCACUCUUCGGCUCCUCUUGCAGAUAACGACGACGAAACUUUCAUUGGGCUAAUUAGGGAGAAAAGCGUUGCUUACCGCAAGGCAUCCCGUAGGAAGUCGUCUCCGCCUCCUUUACCGAUGUCACUCAGGAAAGGAAGGCCUGAUGGCCCAGUUGAUGAUCUGCGCUCUAUGAUAUCGUCACCCCUGGCUAAGCAAUCAGAAAGCUCAUGGCACAUUACAACUCGAAAGGACCUAGAGAAGUAUUCAAAAGACUUUGGUUAUAUACAGGAGACGGUUAGAUCCUGGGAGGCUGCGAGCAAAUCUCGCAGAGAAAAACUAGACAGGCAGCGUAUGCAUCGUCAAGAGGAAUCUGAGAAACGCAUUGAUGCGUUAUUCGAUGGAAGAGAGAUAGGAUAUGCAGAUAUCAAUGUCCUGGAGGAAGAAUUCCGCCAAACAGAAGCUCGUGCUCAAUUAGACGAGGAAAGACAAGAACUGGAAGACUAUAUUGCAAAGGUGUUCAAUCCGCUGGAUGAACGCUUGCAAAAAGAUAUUUCUGCACUCCAGGCCCAGUAUGACUCGGCGCUUGGUCAGCUUGAUCAUGAGAACAAUAAGAUCAAGAACUCGGUGACAGAUAAAUAUAAUUUGUCUCACACGAUGAAAACAGUCAAUGAGAUCUACCAAAAGCUUGAGGCUCGCUAUCAGAAACGUCUAGAAAUAGCUCUAGAUCGUGAACAUCGGCGAAAGAAAACCGAAAGGCGACCUCUGGUCUUCAUGGGAGACUCAGUAGCCUCAAGCAACUGGAUCGGGAGUUUGAUGAGAUGGAGAAGCGAAAUGUUUUAG